UAGGCGCAGACGUCUGUUGCCGUGAGUCGGCGCGACAGUGAGAGGCCUGCGCAGGCGCGCUGGUGGCGUGCCUGGAGCGACGGGGAUUGGUCGCCCCUGUUUGUGUAUCCCAGGGUCCCUUGCGUGAAGGCGCUGAAAGGUUGGCUAUGGCUGGAGUCCUGAAGAAGACCACUGGACUUGUGGGAGUAGCUGUAGCUGAGAAUCCACAUGAGCACCUCAAGGUACUCUACACAAAAAUUCUUGCUGCUCUCAACAAUAUCCCCAGAGAUGCAGCAUAUAGGAAGUAUACAGAGAAGAUCAUAAAUGAUCGGUUUGAUUUGGUAAAAACAGAACCCAAUAUAGAAAAACUGGAGAAUAAAAUAAAUUGUGGACAAAUAGAGGAAGUGAUUUUGCAGGCACAAAGUGAACUCAGUCUGGCCAGGAAAAUGGUACAGUGGAAACCAUGGGAGCCUUUGGUAGAAGAACCUCCAGCUGACCAGUGGAAGUGGCCAGUAUAGUAGCACCAUUCUAGCUUCUGGAAUAAUGGCAACACAAACUGGGAAACCAUCAUUAAAUAUAUGCUGGACAUCUU